AUGACACGUCGUGACAACCAAAAGACCAUCGCGCACGAUGAUGAACAGGAUGUCUACCCAGAGGGUAGCUACUUUACCUAUCGACCGCUGUCCAGCCUGCCCACGCCUCCCCCCAGCUCUCGUGAUUCGAUCUCUUCCCACUCCCCCACCAACAGCCUUACCGACGGAGAGUCGCUCAACCCCAAGCUACGAGGUCCUGCCAUCCACCUCGUCAACCUGAUCCCCGCGUCCGCCUCCCUGGCCACAGCCUCGGUUCCUGUCGUCCAGGCCAUGCUCAGCCGCGCCGACCUCGACCUCGAGACCAUUGCCCUGGCCGUGUGCAUCCUCGACAGCCUCGGCGCCAAGUUCGCGCGGACAUGGCGUCUCUCGUGCCCGCUUCAGGCUCCCGCUGCGGCCAACAACGCGCCCACCACCCCCGACACGCCCCCCACGUCCCUCUCCCCCUCCCACGUCAUCCCAGCAGCUGCGAUCAAGCGCCACUCUCUCCCGCCCGACCCGCUGAGCGACCACUGCCGGCGUGAGUACCAGAAGCGUCUGAUGCACAUCGACUCUGUCGGCCCCGAGGUCAUCGUCCUGGCUGCCCUCGUCAUCGCCGCCAAGUUCGUCGAGGACUUCCACCGUCCCGCUGCCGUCUACUGUUCCUCGUGGGGCCGUGACAGGUGGACCGGCGACCAGCUCAACACGACGGAGCGAUGCAUCAUGGAGUCCCUGGGGUACCGCAUCAUGCCGCUGUGCGACGAGGCCUGCUUGGCCGACGCCAUGGUCGACAUGCAGCUCGCCGCGCAACACAGCGGCUACGCCAACGCUCACGACCACGCGUGCGACCAGCGUCGCCUGCAGCCUGCGGGGCUGGCCUCGCCUCCUUUGUCUGCAGGCCCGCAGGGCGCCACCUUUUCCAUGUCUCACAGCCGGUCAAAGACUAUGGCUGUCGUCAUGAACCCUUCUAUGCUUGAGUAG